AUGGUAGCAUUACUACUACUAUUACUGUUAACCUACGAAAUUCACGGAAUUACCGAAUGCCCACGUGAAUGCGAAUGCGACGCUAUUCCGCCUAAUAACUCUUCGUGGGCCGUUUACUGUCAUCGUGGCGGUAUUAACGACACACUCUUCGCUGACAUUCUGAACCGACUUCCGCUCACGCUCAGAGCAUUAGAUGUUCAAGCUCCAAGCUGGCGGCCAUCGAACAAAUUCAAAUGGAGUGACAAUUUGAACCGAUUUAGCCAGUUGCGGCAGCUUCGCCUUGUAAGAUGUGGUAUCCCAGCAAUGAGCCGGAGCACCCGUUUGCCCUCCUUGGAAGUGCUUGACCUCCACGGAAAUGAGAUCGAACAUGCGACUAUGGGCAACUUUGGUGGCAUGCCAAGUCUACGAUUUCUCGAUCUAAGCCAUAAUCACCUCAGUAUUCUUCCCACUGGUGUUUUCACCUUCCUUCACAAUCUCAAAUCACUGUCUCUCGCUAAUAACUCAAUCACUGAACUGUCAGCUAACCUCCUUCGAGGUCUGCGAACUCUCAAAUCGCUGCGACUCGAUGGGAAUCGAAUCCCCAUCAAACAGAUCAACGACCUAUUUUCUGACGUACCCCAGUUGGAGGAGCUACAUCUGAAUGACUGUCGUCUCAACAGUGUUGCCAAUCUGUCACUGAGCGAUGUAGCGCAAUUACGUCAUCUCGGACUGGCUAAUAACAAUCUGCGCACGAUACCCACUCGACAGUUACGACAACUGGCACAUUUGGCUGUGCUUGACCUUAGCGGCAAUGACCUAACGGAAGUGGGAGCUUGUGCAUUCUGCUCCAAUAACAUUUCCCGGCUUGAUCUUUCACAUAAUCGUUUGGGACUUGUCAAACAACCUUUCCAUGUCGACGCUUUCCGGAACAUUCCACUGGUUGAACUGGAUCUUUCUUUCAAUCAUAUGGACGAAUUUCAUUCGAGCUCUCUCGGUUGGGCGCAGGACAGUCUCCGCACUCUUAGUAUGGCUGGCAAUUCGCUUGGAGGAUUCCAUCCCGACAUUACGGCAACACUACCGAAUUUGCACAGCCUGAAUAUGGCUUACAAUUAUAUCGACAGCAUUCCAUUGGUUCUUCCACCUCAGUACUAUCACUUAGUAUUCCUUAAUAUUUCUGGAAAUACCAUGAAUUUUCUACCAGAUAAUUUGCCUUAUUUAUUACCGAAUCUGAAGGAGCUCGACCUCUCCAACAAUAGAUUUUCGACGUUGUCACAGCCGGCGUCGGACUAUAUCGAUCAGCUCGAACGAGUUCAUCUCGGUGGUAACCCAUGGGAUUGUUCGUGCUCUAUACAACAUAUUCAACAACAUAUGCGUGAUCGCUAUGCUAUGAGGCACAUUCUACGAUAUCACGACGCUAGAUGUGCUGAGCCAGCACUACUCAAAGGCCAACCACUGCUCAGUGUCACCGGUAUCAACGAAUGUGCGGUGCUCUUUGGUGCACGUUACGGAUUGUCACAGAGUAGUGAACUAUUCAUCUUACUCGCUGCUCUAUUGUCUGCCGCACUUGUACUGUCAGUUCUAUUGCUCUGCUUAUACUUCCUGCGUGAACGACAGUAUAAAGGUUCCUAUGUGACUCGGGAACAUUCUCGAACGCCACUGACAAUGGCUCAUCAUAUAAGUUGUUCCUCAAGUACGAGUGCAGCUAGUGAACCGCUCACACCUCCGAUGCCUCCGCCUCCACCAAAAGCAACGGCCGCUUAUUUUGGGAUAUAG